AUGGCGCUUAUAACUAAGAAGUUGUUGAAGGACAUAUCCCUUUUGAAGGAUUCAGAGAGUGAUGAGAACACGCAGCCUCUCUCCUGUGGGAAACCAGUUAAUUACACUGUUUAUGACCACUUGAAAGGACUCCACCACAGACAUAGUCAUCCACAGAUUGCUGAGCCAGAAGUUGCCAUAUUUCUCACUAAAAAAAUUUUGGACAAUAAAAAAUUUGAAAAUAAACUCAUAAAAGCUAGAAAAGAAAAACCUCAUUCUAUUCAUGUUAUGAAUUCUAUUGGAAAUUUCUUAAGAAUAAAAGGAAAAACUCUUUUAGCAAUUGAGUGCUUUCGUAAGGUAUUGUCACAAACACCUCAAGAACCAGAAGUAUUGUUAAAUUUAGGCAGAAUAUUUCUCCGACUUCACUAUCUCGAUGAUGCAUAUCAUUUAACAAAGAUAUCUCUCCAGAAUCUUCCAGCAUAUCAAAAUGCCUGGUCGCAGCAUUUUACACUCGGAGAAAUAUUCAAAAUUUCAGGACAAUAUUCAAAAGCUUAUGAUCAUUUCCAAUAUGUUCUUGACUUAAAACCAGGAUUUUCACCGGCUGAAAGUCAUUUGAAAGAGAUAAAAGAGAUUCCUGAGCACCCUGUGAUGCAAUAUAUUGUAUGUUUCUUUAUACUUCUUGUCUGUUUUUUCAUUUUUGGUGUUGUUAAUUCUGGUAACAAACAUGUCAAAACACAACGGUCAUUCAACAGAGCUAUGGCUAUGAAAUCUUUGAAGCACAGCUCGUCCAAAUUUGUCAAGAUACGGAGAUGAACUUGUUAAGAAAAUUGCCAAAUUGAAGUUCUGGGAUACAAAUGAAAAAAAGGAAUUGUUCUUGCGUAUUAUCUUUACCUUUCUUUUGUUUUGCUCUCUCUCUCUCUCUCCCUCUUUUUCUCCUCUCUCUGCCCCUCUCUCCUUUCUCUCCUACUGUCUCACUGUUUCUCUUCCCUCUCUCUCUCACUGUCUUCCUGUUACUCUCUCUUUCCCUCCUCUCUCUCUCCUAUCUCUUUCUUCUCUCUCUCCUAUCUCUUUCUUCUCUCUCCCACUGUCUCACUGUUUCUCUUCCCUCUCUCACUGUCUUCCUGUUUCUCUCUCUCUCUCUCUCCCUCUCUUUCUCCUCUCUCUCCCACUGUCUUGCUGUUUCUCUUCCCUCUCUCUUUCUUCUCUCUACCACUGUCUCACUUCCCUUUCUCCCUCACUGUCUUCCUGUUUCUCUCUCUUUCCUUUCCCUUCUCUCUCUCUCUCUCUCUCUCUCUCUCUCUCUCUCUCUCUCUCUCUCU